CCCAGCUCCAGUGCAGGAAAUGACAUUUCCUAGAGCGUGCAGGGAGGGGAGCGAUGAGCGCGAGGGUGUUUCUAACUGGGAACAGAGCAGGCACUGUUUCAUAUUACACACAAAACAGGGAAAAAAAAGGAGAGAAGCCCGGGGAGUGCUUUCAUUCGAGCCGUUCAGCUGGGGCAUGGAGCCCGUGGGUCUGCAGAAUGAAUAUUUCUACAGUGUUCUUAGUUCUCCUGACUAGGGCGCUAAUGGCAGAGGUGACUGAGGCCCUGAACGUGACCAUCAUCCCGGGGCCGAUUGCCACAGCUCCCCAGGGGGAGAACACAACGCUCUCCUGCAUGGUAUCCCAGAGAAAGAUGCCUACAAGCUUGCUCGUGGUGCGCUGGCUCUUCUCGCUGGAGGCGGGCCAGGAGCAGCUUAUCGUUCGGCUGAAUGUGCGGCGGGCCGAGUACUACGGCAACUACACCCGGCGCUUCGCCCACCCCAAAGUGAAGUUUUUCCAGGAGAAAGAGGGCGAGACCUACAAUCUGCUGAUUUUGAACAUUUCCAAGGAAGACAGAGGCCACUACACAUGCAAGGUCCAGGAAAUCAGGAAAUACCGCAACCGCUGGAGAGCCUCCUCCAAUGGCACAGCCACCACAGAAUUGAGAGUGCAUGUCUUACCGGUGGCUGAGAGCAGGGAUGGAGUGUGGCGUUUGUUUCAAGACGUGUACCUCUGCGCCGUGCUCAUCUGCUCCACUGGAUUGCUCUGCAUGUUCCUGUUCACGGUGAUCCUCGCGUGCCAGUACCUUCAGAGAAAGCGGCGACUGAAAGCAAAUUACUGUUUGGUCAAGUGUCCACAAAACAGCUCAGGGGAAACAGUUACCAGCAUUCUCAGCUCAUCUCCUGGGAUGGCCAAGAAAGACAAGAAACAUAAGCAGAAGUACAUACAGGCUGCAGAGACACCACCAGAAAUACCAGCCAAAGCACCCAUUGAAGACAAGCUGCGAAAACCCAAACUUUUAAAGGCACAGACAAAAAAGGUUGUUGUGCCGAAGAUUGCAGAGGAGAACCUGACCUACGCCGAGCUGGAGCUGGUCAAACCACAGCCGGAGACUAAAUCCACAAGCACAGGAACCGUGUACGCCCAGAUCCUCUUCCAGGAGAAGCACCUGUGAGCGUGGCUGCACCUUCGCCAAAACUGUGUCUAUUUAUAAAACACCUUCUGCGCCCUCAGUGUUUAUUUUACUGUGCGCGUUCUAACAGAGAGACAUAUGAACUUAACAUAUGUGUACUGAACCAGUGUAAAUAAUAUUUUUACUUGCUUAAAUAAUUUCUAUUUUUAACCCUGUGCAUUUUCAGUUCAGUCUUACACGUUUGCAGUAAUACAGGAAAGGAUUUGCCAGCAUUCACUUACGAAGGGCACAUUCCACAUUACAGGAGAUCCGCGACUGACCGAAGACUACGGUGUGUUAACUUUCUUGUACACCACUUCAGCACUAUCACUCGUAACGUCCUUU